GGGGCGCAGCCUUCGGGUCCCAGCAGCUCUGACCAGCGCCCCCGGGGUAGCUCGGGGAAGGGGGCGGACGCGGGCGCUGGGCUCGUGCGGGGGCUCCCCCGGGACGUCGCGAUGAACAUCGUGGUGGAGUUCUUCGUGGUCACUUUCAAAGUGCUCUGGGCGUUCGUGCUGGCCGCGGCGCGCUGGUUGGUGCGGCCCAAGGAGAAGAGCGUGGCCGGCCAGGUGUGCCUCAUUACGGGCGCCGGCAGCGGCCUGGGCCGCCUCUUCGCGCUCGAGUUCGCCCGGCGCCGGGCGCUGCUGGUGCUCUGGGACAUCAACACCCAGAGCAACGAGGAGACGGCGGGCAUGGUGCGCCACAUCUACCGCGACCUGGAGGCGGCCGACGCCGCGGCACUGCAAGCUGGGAAUGGUGAGGAAGAAAUUCUGCCCCACUGUAACUUGCAGGUUUUUACCUACACCUGUGAUGUGGGAAAGAGGGAGAAUGUCUACCUGACGGCAGAAAGGGUCCGAAAGGAAGUGGGUGAGGUCUCCGUCCUGGUCAAUAACGCCGGCGUGGUGUCUGGGCAUCACCUUCUGGAAUGUCCCGAUGAGCUCAUUGAGAGAACCAUGAUGGUCAAUUGCCACGCACACUUCUGGACCACUAAGGCUUUUCUUCCUACCAUGCUGGAGAUUAAUCAUGGUCAUAUUGUGACAGUUGCAAGUUCCUUGGGACUGUUCAGCACUGCUGGAGUUGAGGACUACUGCGCCAGUAAAUUUGGAGUCGUGGGUUUUCAUGAAUCCCUGAGCCAUGAGUUAAAGGCCGCAGAGAAGGAUGGAAUUAAAACAACACUGGUCUGCCCUUACCUGGUGGACACUGGCAUGUUCAGGGGCUGCCGAAUCAGGAAAGAAAUCGAGCCUUUCCUGCCCCCUCUGAAGCCCGAUUACUGCGUGAAGCAGGCCAUGAAGGCCAUCCUCACCGACCAGCCCAUGAUCUGCACCCCCCGCCUCAUGUACAUCGUGACCUUCAUGAAGAGCAUCCUCCCUUUUGAAGCAGUUGUGUGCAUGUAUCGGUUCCUAGGAGCAGACAAGUGUAUGUACCCAUUUAUCGCUCAAAGGAAACAAGCCACAAACAACAACGAAGCAAAAAACGGAAUCUGAGGAUCUUUUUUGUACCGAAUAUCAUUUCUACCAGAAGACGAUCGGGAUAUCUUAGUCCGACCCACAUCAGCUUGACUGAUACUCUCUGGAUUCUACAUCCAUUUUUUUUUUUUCAAAUCAGCUUUUUACAAAAAUAAAUAAAGUGUAAAUUAACUGACUAGAGUACUUGGAAAACGUGAUCAGCAAAAGUGAGCUUAAGUUGUUGCCAACGGGGUCCUUUGCAGGCAGAACCCUAAGACCAGUCCAGUCUUUUAGACAACCGCUGUGUGACGUCGCCAGGCCACCAUUAUUAUUAUUUUUGGAAUGAACAGGAAGUCUCAAGAUGAUAAUGACUGUGUGUUUCACGUGUUUGUUUUCCUUCAUUCCCAUAGAGUUUAUUAAUUCUUGUAAUUAAUCUCUAGCAAGUUGACACCCUUGCAACUUCAAGGACUGACAGUGCUGUAUUUUCUCAUGUUUUCUAAGUUUCAGCUUUGCAAAGCCUGUGUGGCUCUUUCAUGGUGUGUAUAUAUACAGCUCUUUUAAAAAGGCAUUUUGAAAUCUCCUUCAAUUGGAAGUAGAGGAUGUCUGAUUGUUACAGUAAAGUCAUGUGAUCAGGUCUCUUUGUUAAAGUCACAAUGACCGAAUUGUUGGUCGAAUUUUAAAAUGUAUCUCUGAGGUCUUUCCUUAAGGAUCUAUUCCUCUGGAGACCUAUUUAUCCAAAAAAAAAAAAAAGAUCAUAGAUUUUCUACCUGUGAAUUUUGCUGCAUACAGAAAGUGCCCUUUCCUAAGAAAGUUGCUGUGUUUCAUUUCUUUGGUUGGACUUUGAUCUAGAAUACAUAGCAGCUCUGCAAAGAAACAAUUUCUAAAAGUGGGAACUUGUGCACAUAAAAACGUCCCUGUUUUUGUGCCAACUAUGAUUAGCAAGGGGGGAAAAAAUCUUACACUAUGGAAUACAUAUGGAAAGGUGUAAAGAUUCUUUUGAAAGUUUUAUUCACAUUGUAGAACAGCAAAUGACAUUUUUACAGUAUUUUUUUGUAAAGCAAACUAUUUUGUGCCUUGAAUUUGGUAAAUGUGUAUUAGUGAAACAUUGUAAAAGUGAACUGCUACCUCUGUAUCUAAAUGUAUACCAUCCACUUGUAAAUGACUAUAAACUAUUAUGUGAUUGCUCUUUUUUUUAGAAUGUCUUGUUUAAAUAGCGGCCAAUGUUUUAGGCUAUUCAAAUAAGCCAUCUUUUACUAAUUAAUUGGGAGAUUUUAUAAAGGAGUGAUUAAAUUUAAAGACAACUUACAUACAAAUGACUGUGUGAUCAUUAGUUAUCAGCAGUAUUGUCGGGACAGGCACUGUGUCCUUAUUUUCUAUGCCAUAUCACUCAUUAAUGAAAAACAUUUGAACGGGCUUGUGUUCAGGGACACUGGUAGGUUAGGGUGCCCUACACUCACAUUUCCCAUGUUACCAUCUUCUCAGAUUAGAUACUUUAUCAAGGGCUUGUUGAUACUAAAGGUGGGGAGAUAGAAUCCCAUUACCUGUGUGUUGUCCAGCUGCAGCACAGAUGAGUUCUGCCGUGUAUCCACAUAUAGGAAAGUACUGCCUCACCGGUAGGGUCCCCAACACUGGUCUUAAGAAAUAGCUUUAUUCAGUGUUUAAAUUUCUUUUUCUAAAUGAUAACUAAACUUGAAGCCAUUGAGGCACUGGCUAUCUCUUAUUUUCCAUUUUGGAUUUUAAGUACAGUUGACCCUCAAACAUCACAGGGGUUAGAGGAUCAAUCCUCCAUGUAGUCAAAAAUCCAUGUAUAAUUUAUAAUCAGCCCCCUGUAUCCAUGGUUCCUCCAUUCCCCAAUCCCCAUCUACUGGUUCCACCAACCACAGAUUGUGUAGUACUAUAGAAUUUACUACUGAAAAAAAAUUUGUGUAUAAGUAGAUUGGCACAGUUCAAACAUAUGUUCAAGAGUCAACUGUGCUUUUGAAGUAAACCUCAUGUAACAACAUGGGUGGAGACAUAUUUUCAGUGGUUCUCCCGGUGUGCCCUUCAGUUAACCCCUAGCACCCUCCAACAGGAUAUCUGUUCCAAUACUCUAAAACCCACUUACCAAUCUUAAGGCUAAAGCAAGUCUCCCCUACAUUUAAUUUUAUUCUCAUAUGUUGUCAUUUAAACCUUUUUCUAUUCUUGUUUGUUGUUGCCCUGACAAAGUUGUCCGUCUCUAAAUUCAAUAAACAAAAUUCAUUUAA